AUGACCACAAAGCGAGAGCACGCCGAGAUACGUAAGCGGUCCGAAAUAUGUUUCCAGUCUUUUACCGAAAUAUCUCAUUCGGCCCAAGUCCAGCGAGGAGGCGGCACCUACGACCAUGUUAUCAGUGGAUUGAUUGACACGUUUUCGCGGUUCCGGCUUUGGAUCUCCAACAUUGGCGUCUUUGCAGAUGACCAGUUGUCUUUAGACUAUCGAGUGCGGGAGGUUGGCGAAAUCAAGGAGUUGUUUCUUGGUCAGCUCGGCAUCAUUGAGUGCCGGCUCCUUCAGUUUCAUGAGAUGUUCAGCAAAAGCACAUCUGAAGAUGACACUUUCGUGGCGAGAAACUCGAGCGAUCUCAACGCAAGCCGCCGUGACAUCGUUCCUACCACCACCACGCACGAGACGAGCGAACCCGAUCCCUUCAAAGAGUGGAGUUCGGAGGAGUUGCUCGCUUCGAUCCAUCGAAGCAUCGACUGGCUGCAACGUUUAUCAAAUUCGAUCAGGAGAGCUAGCUCGACCAGCCAGAAUGCCAGUGCCAAAUAUUUCAAGAUUGAGGACUACAAAGGAGACAAACAAGCCUCCGAAAGCGAAGUGCGGGGCCGCUACAAGGCGAUGAUACACGACAUCAGUCCUGACGCCCCCACGACGUCAAACACUCUCGAAAAGCACGUCAUCAAACAUUUGCAACAGUUUGCCCUGCUGUCUUUGGACAUUCCAGAACAAAUCUCCUCCCAAACAACGGAGCCAAAGAAAAGCCCAACGCAUCAGUCUUCUAUUGCUUCGAGGUCUCUGGACUUUUCUACGGACGAAGAAGCGGCUGAAUCCGAAGCUGAGACACGAGAAACGGUCAAAUUAUUCAGACAAGAGUGGGAAGACCAUCUGGCUUUUAAUGACGAGAACAAGUCUAUACCAGAUGACUCUAUGGACACUAUGGACACAUUGGACCCAGAUUUUAUGGAUUACACGAAUUCGCCACCUCCUGAACUGUUGGAUGACCAAAUGUUCGAAUUGGAUUGGAAAGUGGUUCAGGACUCAACAGAGCAACGGAGCGUCAACAUGGGUCCGGAGAGAAGUGACCAACCUCCGCUUCCCGCACAUCAAGACACACCUAGAAUUACGAUCCCCAGGAUAUCGAUUGAUGGCCAAUCCGACUACGAAGACGAGAGCACAGAUGGGAACGACACGGAUGCGACACGGGAUGAUUUCCCAAUUCCUUCAGAGACUGACGAGGCUCUUGACUUGGAAGACCGAAUUUGGCAAAAGGCCGUCAACCACGCGAACGGCGCUACCCCAUCGUUCUGGCCACCGGGUGUCUUGAAAAGAAUAAUCACGAGACAGGCUGUCACAAACGAGAUCUUGAAAGCUUUCCCGAACUAUAGCCGAAAAGAAGGCGAGAGUAUAGCGGAAAGGGUGUGGGAGGACAGGUCCGGAAAGUGUGUCAAAAUCUUCACCAUUCUUGUACUACUCGACGAGGUUCAAGUGCUCGUGGAACACAUCCUCGGAUGCCCGCAGGGCGUACGUGACCACGACCUUCCCCUGACACUGAGGAACAAACAUGGGAGUCCCAGCAGAAAGCUCUGCCGAGCAGACUCCGAGACAAGGCGCCUUGCGGUACCUGUAUUCAGGUUCGACAGGAGAAACAAUGCUAUCAUCCACCUCGAUCUGGACGAGGGAGACAUCUUGCCGUGGUGCGAAGAAGCCGUGGUUCCACCAGUCAACGCAAUGGACGGCGGGUAUGGCACAGUGACAAGAGUCAAGAUCCACCCUAGAUGCCAUGAAUUUCAUGACACAUUGAGAGCAAUCAAUGUCGCCGGCGGACUUUUCGCCGUGAAAAGGCUGCGGCAAAGGAUUGUUAAUCAAUUCAGGGACGAGGUCGACGCACUCAAGAGAUUCAACGGGAAGGUCCAUCCACACCUUGUCACUCUUCUGGCGACAUUCACGCAAGCGGAAUACUAUUGCAUGAUUUUCCCAUGGGCCGAAUGUGAUCUUGAGCAGUACUGGGAGAACAACCCGCAACCAGACCCAGGUGACAUUGAACUGGGUCGCUGGCUUUCACGACAAUGCCUGGGGAUCAUGGAAGCAGUGAACGUAAUACACAACCCUAGCCACCUCAAAUCAGAAAGGAAAUUUGGGAGGCACGGCGAUAUCAAGGCGGAGAACAUUCUUUGGUUUAAAUCCCGGCCAGAUGACCCCACAGACCGUGGCACUCUGGUGAUAUCGGAUUUGGGCCUGACAGCGAUGAAUAGCGAAAAGAGCCGAUCGAUGCAACCAAAUACAGGCCUGAAGAUGACACCAUCUUACAGACCCCCAGAAUGUGAUAUCAAGGGUGGAACAAUCUCCCGAAGCUUUGACAUAUGGACGCUGGGCUGCCUCUAUCUCGAGCUCAUGUGCUGGUUGCUGAGGGGCAAUGCAGGGAAGAUCCAAUUUGAUCAGGCACGAACAGCGCCAUUCAUAUUCGGUACUAAGGCAGACAUCUAUUUCGAUAUCGAAGAGCGAAAGCAAACCACGCCGGGAAUGUUUGUAUUCAAAGUGAAGGAUGUCGUGUCCAAGACCAUAAGCGAACUUCACGACGACCCGUACUGCUCACGAUGGGUACACGACCUGUUGGAUCUGGUUGAGAACGACAUGCUAGUUGUGCUGUCAAAGACCCACAAACGCAAGACGUCCCAAUUUUUGCUGCACAAACUUCGAGCCAUGGACGACAAGGUCCAGUCGAGUGCAGGGUACAGCACAGGUCCAGCGCCCCAGAGCAGAACCCCCUACUGGAGACCGCAGGUCGGCACCUUUGCCGAGCUGAACGAAGUAGCGCAGAAGUAUGUUCUCGAACAUGGGGUGCGCACACACGAAUCUGACGAGCGGCCGUUGGAGCAGUCGGAGGACCUGGCAGAACUGGAUUAUUAG